AGGCUGCACUUCAAUUUUUCAUCAGAGUAUUGGUUGUUGUACGGCAGAUAAGUUUUCAUUCUUCCGCAUAUGAGUGUUUGUUAACCAAUGUCUGCAACUAUCAUUAUAAUUAUGUCCAGAUUGUUAUGUAUUUUGCCCAUAUAAUAGAAAUCCUCAAUAAAUUAUUACUUAGUAAAUUAGAUUUGUAAUGGAAUCUAGAUUAACUAAAUAAAGGUGAUCCCGGUUUAUUGCAAGAUUCAGCUUUUCGAAAUUAAGCCCAAACAAAUUGCUGCGGUUCUAGUUGUGUGGCCAUUUAAGAUUAUUAUGGGCUAACGUUGUUUUAAGGGUAAAUUGAAAUAAAUAUCCCGCACCUAUACCCGAUAAUCACUUUUGUCUUCAAUCUAUCACCCUGGCAAAAUAUAUCCCGCACCUUUUACAAAACUCGCCAUUUACGUCCUCCCGUCACGCGUCAUUGUCACAUGGCAGUUGAACCACGCGCUCUCGUGUACGAAAUCCACACGGCAUUGUUUGAUUAGGUGGAGGAAGUUUAUCCAAAAUCGAUUGCAUUCAUCUGGAGAGUUUAUCUUGCUCGCCAAUCUUCCAAAAAAAGGUCUGACUUCGAGACUUUUGUUGUCGGAGGAACAAACAUAGCUUCAUUCCCGUGCUUUUUUUUUUUUUGUUCUUGAUGAUAUGAGUAACGACGAGGAUAAGGGCAAAGGCAAGAUUGAGGGAAAAAGAAUCGACUUUGGGGCACAUCCUUUAUAUGAACUCGAAAGCACACAUUUGACAGUGUGCUUACAUUUCGAUGGAGUCUUGUACCACACUCCAAUAGAAAAGUAAGUUGGGGAUCCAUCAAGAAUUUUGAUUUCGUGCUAGCUGGAACACUUACUAAGGACUUGACGGAGUUGUUUGGGAGAAAUACUGGGAUUAACGUUUCGGAGUAUAGUAAGUAUUAUACUCUAAUUGGUAACAAUUUAAAGCUAUUAGAGAGUGAUGAGGAGUUCCAAGAUGCAGCUUAUGAAUCUUUAAUUAGUAGAAAAUUAGAUAUUUACGUAGAUCUUGGUUGUAAUGGGAUUGGUUUUGAUGAUGAUGAAAAUAGUGAGGAUAGUGACUUUACAAUGGGUAGUGAAAGUAACGGUAGUGAUGAUGAUAUAUUUGAGGAGUUUGUGGAUAUGGACUGUGAUGAUCUUGGGGAUGAAUCUGUUCCUGGAGUUGGGGAGACAGUGUUGAGAGAGAGCGAGCUUGGAAAUUUGGGAGGGAUGACUAUUGAGGGUGAAGGAGAUGAAUUCCCCAGUUUAGAUUAUGAUGGGAAGGAUAGUGACUUUAUAGUGGGCAGUGGAAGUAACGGUAGUGAUGAUGACAUAUUUGAGGAGUUUGUGAAUAUGGAUUGUGAUGAUAAGGGUGAAGGAUCUGUUCUUGGAGUUGGGGAGACAGUGUUGGGAGAGGGCGAGCUUGGAAACUUAGGAGGGAUGACUAUUGAGGGUGAAGGAGAUGAAUUCCCCAGUUUAGAUGAUGAUGGGAAGGAUAGUGACUUUACAGUGGGCAGUGGAAGUCAUGGUAGUGAUGAUGACUUAUUUGAUGAGUUUGUGGAUAUGGACUGUGAUGAUGAGGGUGAAGGAGAUGAAUUUCCAGGUUUAGAUUAUUACAAUAUAGGCCAAGAUAUGACUAAUGAAGUAGUUGUUGAAGAGGUAGCGGAUUGUGGGGUUAGUGUAGGAGGGAGCGGGCAGCAAAACACUUGUAAAUUUGACGUUGGGAAUGAAGGAUUAGGGGCUGAGAAUGAUGAAGAGGAUACACCAGAGGAGAAUCUGGUAGUUGGAAGUGAUGAGGAGUGGGAGGAGUUACUUGACUCAGAGGAUGAGGGGACUGUGCGUAGGCGGGGCGUGAGCACGACUUUUCCAAAGUUCAAUCCACUCGAUGUGUAAGCACCGAGGUUUGAUAUAGGGAUGAUAUUUGCAACGAGGGACGAGGUUAAAAGAGCAAUACAAUCUCAUGCAAUUGCAGAAAGAAGAAGUGUGGCUUUUACAAAGAUUGACAAGCGCCGGUUGUAUGCGAGGUGCAAAGAACCAAAUUGUGAGUGCAAAAUCAAUGCAAUGAAGGUGAAGGAUGACACUGCUUUCCAAGUAAGUCUAUUGCAUCCUAAGC